CCAAAGGCGGAAGUUAGUGCAAGCAGACCCCAUGCUGUGACCGGGGCCGGGGACAACCGCCCUCCGAAGCCGCGGCCUGGCCCUGCCCCACCCGGCGCGACGCUCCCGACACCAUGGAAACAGCGGAGGCCGCCGGGCCAGGCCACGUCUCUCCGAGCCAGACUCAGGGCCCCGCCCCGCUCGGCAGCGGCGGACGUAGAGCCGCUGCUGCCUUGAGCAGAGCGUCGAGCUCUCCCAAGAGCAUGGGGGUGAGGAUGGAGAGCGACGGCAGGCGGAGCCAAGUUAAAGUGCUUGAAUACCCAGCUGUGGUCAUUCCCAGAUGUGGUCCAGCAAGCCCAUUUAAAGGACAGCUAAGUACUAAAAGUAAUGCUUUCUGCAUCGACUCCUCCCCAAGUCUGACAAACCAGUACCUGAUCAGAGACCACUUGAUGUUUCAUUAUAACAGAAUUCUUUCAGCCAAAGCCUCUGUAGACUGUUCACUGCCCAGAAGUAGGCUGAGCAGCAUUAAACUUGCUGACCAGCGGAGAAGAGAGAAACUGAAAAAGAAGAUAGACAGGUAUGAAAAAGAAAUGAGUGUGGGCAAAAGUGCCUCACGAUCCAACUCAAGAGCAAGUGGAAGGCGUCUGUCAACUUCUUUUGGAAAGAGUCCUUUGGAAGUACAAGAUAAAGACAAUCUGUUCUCCAGCGCUGAGCAUUCACCAUACUCACUAUACCUGUCAAGAGGACAGUCACUUUAUGGCGAGCUUGGCUUGCUUCACUCCAGUCCAGUGGAAUGUGCCAGAAAACAUUCUUGGAAUAGAUCUAAUGCAUCUAACUCAAACUCAAAUGUCAGUGUGUCAAGUACAACAAGAAAAGGCUCCGGAGUUUCAAGCUGUUGCUCCUCUGAUAGCUCUGUGAGCAUCACUCAGAGGCAUCAGAAAAGAAACGCCAUAACAUACAGUGGGGAUCUUCUGGACAGGCACUCAGAACUUUUUACCAAUAACCAAAAAGCUUUUACUCCACGCACCUUAAUAUCAGAUGCUAAAUCUACACUGAUCAGGUAUAGGUGUUACACUGCUGCUCAAAGGCAAAGGAGAAAGCACUGCAAGAGACACGUGGAAGCUGAAACACAGACUGAUGUGAUCAGCUUUUCAAGUACAGAUGAAGCAUCUGAUAGAAAAGUUGUGACUGAAGAGCAGGCGAUGACAGCAAAGACUGAAGAUAAAAAAUACGAUAUGGAUGAGCCUGAGAGAGAAACAGCUGCUUUUCCAAACUCCUUUCUAAGAGAGGAGUCAUUGGAUUCUGAGCAGCCUUCAGAAAGGAUGGAUAUCAAGGCUGCAGAUGAUGACCUUUUAUAUUUAACCUUCAUUGAAGAGAUAACAAAUGAAAUUCUUGACAUUGGGCUGUUUUCUAACAGAGUUUUGGAACAAUUGUUUGAAUGUCAUAUACAAGAAUACAAGGACCGUUUGGAUGAGAGCAAAAUGCGGCACCUGUUGGAUAUGCUUAAAGCAGACCUUGGCUGCAGCCCAGACAGUGGUGCUAAGCAAAUCCACACAGGCUGGAAAGCCUUGGAGUCACUGGAUCUGGGAGAGUUUCAUAUGGUGGAACAGCUUGAAUUUUCCAGCAGAAGUUGGAGGCAAGGAAAAGCUACAAAAAGCGAAGGAUUCCUUAAGAACUUGGAUUUAUUAUUAAGAGAACCAAGCACAUGUGAAGUGCCACCAUGCAGUGAAAAUUCAAAGAAGACAGAGAGCAAGGGUGACUUUUCAGAAGAUGCUGAUGAAAUGAUAAAUGCUGAGACAGAAUCUCAUGCCUGUGUGAAAUCUGAAGACCUGGAUGCUUCACCCUCAUGUGAGGAAACUCUAAACUCAAUUACUUGUGACGGUGAUUUGGAAGCCAACAAGGAACUUGAAGAUCUUGAGGAAAAUUUUGCAGAAGCCCUUCAGAUCACAAAUGACCACUCAUCAUAGUGGCCAAAAUUUAGCUGUUAAAUAGGGUGGAAUCUAUUUUUGUAGAGACUUGCCAUUCACUAAAUAAAGAGAAGUGAAUCGUUUAUCUUUA